CAUUUACUCCACAGUCGGCAUAACACCUAUAUUUUACUUGGUCACAAUUUAUUAUUCAACAGAUAGUACUGGUUUGACCAUACGAUCUAGAAAUCCGGUUGUUGGUAUUGUAGACCUAAUCAAUUUCCUAGUUGAUUGACCAUUAAGGCUCCACAAUCAUGUCUCGUGUUCUGGUUGGUGUUAAGAGAGUAAUUGACUAUGCCGUAAAGAUCCGAGUCAAACCGGACAAGACCGGAGUGGUGACUGAGGGUGUCAAGCACUCUAUGAACCCCUUCGACGAAAUUGCCGUCGAGGAAGCGGUCAAGAUGAAGGAAAAGAAAAUCGCCUCGGAAGUGGUGGCAGUCUCGGUUGGUCCUACCCAAUCUCAGGAGGUUCUGCGAACAGCACUUGCCAUGGGAGCAGAUCGCGGUAUUCAUAUCGAGGUGUCCGGAAAGGAUUACGAUCUGCUUCAACCGAUCCAUGUGUCGAAAAUUCUGGCCAAGCUGGCUCAGGACGAAAAAGCGGACUUGGUAAUCCUUGGAAAGCAGGCCAUUGAUGAUGAUUGUAAUCAGACCGCUCAGAUGACCGCUGCUUUGCUCGAUUGGCCGCAGGCCACAUUUGCUUCCAAGGUGGAGAAAACGGCCGACGGUUUGACGGUGGUGCGGGAGGUCGACGGCGGUCUGGAAACGAUCAAGACCAAAGUUCCGGCUGUGAUUAGUGCUGAUUUGCGUCUUAACACUCCCCGCUAUGCUACGCUACCGAAUAUCAUGAAGGCAAAGAAGAAACCAAUUAAGAAGCUAACCCCGAAGGAUCUUGGCGUGGAUACAGCACCACGUAUCGAGGUUGUCUCAGUUGAGGAUCCACCGGUUCGUCAGGCCGGUUCCAUUCUGCCCGACGUGGACACCUUGCUGAGCAAGCUGCGCGAUGGCGGCCACAUUAAGUAACUGGAGAAGAGUUAAAGUACUAGAUUUGUGUAUCAUUUAGGCGAUUUGUAACAAAGUGCAUUUUCCUCAUUUUCUAUGUGAUUACGAAACAGGAGGCAGACGGUGUUUUGUUGAAACAUGUCUGCGGCAAAAGUGGAAAUACACUCUCAUUAAUAAAAAUCAAGUGCUUCCCUAUGA